UCGACCGGUGCGCAUUGUUUUUAAAUCGUAGUACUACGAGUUCUACGAAUCACAACUUAGUGAUUCAUUUUCAAUCGAUUUUAUAAAAAAAAUGAUUUACCUACGUAAAUAAUAACAAGUUUAAUUACAGUUGGACAGCAAAGUGGUCUGUUUAUGAGAGUCGAGGAAGUUUUAAAUCAAAGGUCCUAAAACCAGAAUGGCAUUUAUAAGCCUGGGCAACCGAAGAUAUGUCCGCCUUUGGCCAGUCCUCAUACUUCUCACUGUGGCACUCCUGCUCAUUUGGAGGAACUUGCAGCAGGCUCAGAAGCUAGCCGAAAAUGCCAAAAUCGGUGGGCAAAAAUCGGCAGAUCUAUUGCCUAACGAUUCGCUUCGAAGCAAUUUUCCCGCAGAAGACUACCAGGAUUAUGAAGAGCCACCUAAGUCCAUCCGCCGAGAGGAUUCUCCACGCACGAAGGAUCUACAGGAAUUGCUCAAGUGCCGGAACCGAUCGAUCCGUUUCCAGAGACUCCAGCAUGGAGAGUUCUGGCUGCUCCAGAAUCUAGUGAUUGGGAGAAAGAGUCUACAAGUCGGCUGCGCCGAGUCAGUGACGUACACCACCAAUGGGGAUUAUACGUUCUUCGACAAUCUUGAAACGGUGGCCUCACGUUGGCGAGCUCCAGUGAGCUUUGCUAUUCAUACGCCUGGAUAUGAUUUGAACGUCACUCUGGAUGCGAUUCGGUAUGUCCGAAACUGUUUGCCGGAGAGCGAGAGCAUUAGGGACUGGGUCACCUUCCACGUGUACUUCCCGAACCGUCACAUGCCAGAUUUCGUACCAUAUGACGAGGCCGGGGUCCUGGGGCAACCGUACUUCUGCACCCUGGCCAAUGGAUCCCAAGUUCCGCCGCCCUACACACUUGUCGCUCGCAACGAAAGCUACAGGGCGGUGGCAAACCUCACCUACCCAAUAAAUGUGGGCAGGAAUAUAGCCCGGCAGGCGGCCAACACCCACUUCAUCUUCGCCUGCGACAUUGAGCUGUAUCCCAGCCUGGGCUUCGUAGAUCAGUUCCUGGACAUGGUGGCCAGGAAUCACAGUGUUUUAGCCCUGGACCCCAAACAGCCGAGGAGGGUGUAUCCCCUGCCUGUCUUCGAGAUUGAGACUGGAGUCCAAAUUCCCGCCGACAAGGCCGAGCUACUGACUCUUUAUCGAAACAAGCAGGCACAGGUGUUCCACCUGAAGGUCUGCCCCACAUGCCACAUGAUUCCAGGGCAGGAAGCAUGGUUAAAUCAAAGCUCUAGCGCUGAGGAUCAGCUGCAUUUGUUCAGCAAGACUCUGCGGAAAAAUAAAUUCAAAGCCUGGGAGCCUUUCUACAUAAGCGAUAACACUGAACCGCUCUUCGAUGAGCGAGUUACCUGGGAGGGACAGUCAAACAAGCGCAUACAGAAUUUCGCCAUGUGCCUGUUGGGCUACGAGUACCACGUAUUAAGUCCGGCAUUUUUGGUUCACAGUCCCGGAAUCAAGGAAUUCAGCAAGAACGGUUCUUCUCGACUUCAAUAUGCGAAGGAAAUGACGAAAUUUAUCAAGAACAAAAUCGAACCCGAGUAUAGAGUGUUGUACGGACAGAACUCGGCCUGCAGAACGUGAUAUUAAGUCCAUUACUUAUUACUAAUUUAUUACUCCUUUUUGUUAUAUUUUAUUAUUAUAAAGUUUUUAAAUUAUUAUUCAUUGUAAA